GCUCAAUCAUGAUCUUCGUCUCGUCUAUCUCUUUCCCCCCUGUUCCGCGGUCUGCCCAAGUAGAGAUUUUUGUUCUAUUGGCUCUGUUGGUAUCUUCGUUGCCAGGAAAACUACCUUUUUAAUCCGACAAGAUGACGUUCACCACCGAAUACUACCGCCAUCACCCCCGUCCGCGCCGCAGAAGUGAUACGGUUGCUUUUGACCGUGUUGCUUGCCAGUGAGGAACCUCAGCUUGGGCGCCGCGCUGGAAGAUACUAGGUUCGUGUUACCAGCAUCGAUCCUCUCUUCAGCUCGAAAAAGGCUCGCACAGAGUAGAGACGCGCUGGAGCAGAAGUCUACUGACUUCGGGGUCACACGAGGAUAGCGGACCAACUAGUUCAUCCACCCGAAAGACGACCUCUUCACCAUGCAGCAGCAAUCCGUAGACCCGAAAGCCUUCUCUUGGAAGGUCCAUGGGAUGGUAUGCCUCGUCAUACUGGACUGCAUCGCAAACUCAUUCACCGAGCACCUCUGGGGCGACGACAACGUGGGCAUCGUGGUUGCGCUUUUUGCAGGUAUAAAGCGAUGCAACAGAAAUAACCGUGAUUUCAUCCUUGCCUCUCGCUGGCUUUGCUGGUAAAUUCCGCGUUCUCCUCGGUAUGCAUCGUUUCUUUGAAAUGUGUUGAGCUUGAUUCAUUUGUUUCAACAGUCAGGACGAGGAUGAUCACAUAUCAUAAAUGUAUAAAUGAUAAAAAUCAGUUGUCGUUCUGUCCCACUGCCUGCUGCUUCUUCUGUACUUUACCCUGCUAUGGCACACCUUCCUGCUGCGGUUCGGGCUUCUCGGUGAGGCCUUUCAAAUCUUCCGGAGCAUCUACUUGCUCGGAUUCGUCCGCUUGGUGUUGAUGCUCGCAAGUAGAAUACCAAGGCUCAUGGCGGCGGUCGGAGGCUGGAAAAUAGCAGAGUACUGGGACGAAAGUCUCUACAUAGGUAUAACGUACGUACUUCACGCUUUCUACACUUUUUUUGAUACAUCCGAAUAUAUUUGGUUGACCCCUCGUUGCACGGGCACCACCGGCAAAGCCGGUAGUAGGUACAUCGCUACGAUGGUUUUUUGUCGGAAAAUGCCAAAAAAAAUCCGGUAAAAAUAUUGACACCACAGUGCUUUACUGCCUGCAUACCCUCGUGAGCGUCGUCUACUACACGGUUUACCUGCGCGCGACCAAUUCUCUGGGGAAAUCGCGGUUUUAUUCUGCAGAGCUGUGGCAUCAGUCACUGAAGCGGCUGUGAUGUUGUAGCGCGUGGAAAUAAAUCAAAACGAAAACCAAAACGGAUUACGCGACUUGCACCUGGAAGUUUUAUUUGCGCGAUGUAAGUACGAACAAAUAAACAGCAAGGCUGAAUAAAGAGAGCAUCUUUAAGAUGUUUCACUAU